UUCUUCGAAAAACAAUUAUCUGAGCUUCGUGACGACUAAUGAUUUUUUUUUCUUCACCUCAGUAAUCAUGGAACAUGUAUAUCCAUAUUAACGAAAUAGUAUUUUGUGUGAUUAAUUACCUGCAUAAAUAGCGGCAAUUUAUGACCGGAGAUAGUAUACACUGCUGGUGGAUAAUCUUGUGCACGUGAUGUUUUGAUGUAGACUGUUUCGAGUAGACAUACCUACACAGUAUUGAACGCAAAUGUCGGAUUGAUUCAUGUAUAACAUGCUGCAUAGGAUAGUUCGUACCGGACUUAAGCGCUCGAUUUUCAGACAAAAACACCAGAUGGACAUUUUGGACCGACACGUAGAGGUGGUCACCACGAGACCAGUUACAAAAGAAGAUGGCCUGAGGGUUGCACAGUGGACCAAAGAUUUUGGUUGGAUACUGGCAGAUGAACGUCUCCUCAAGGCAUUUUCUAAAGUUUAUGGGGGUAUUGCAGCUGAAUACAAGGGAGAUCUCAUAGGCUAUGUUUGUAUGGCUUUUCUCAAUGCUGACCUCGGAAUUUGCCCAUAUGUGGUGGUGAAAGAGGAAUGGCGUUCGAAAGGCGUGGGUAAACUACUCAUGGGCAAGGCAACAGACGCAAUGGGCUCAAGAGCCAUCAUGAUAAACUCGAUUGAAGAGGCGCAUACCUUUUAUAAACAAAUUGGCUUCAGUCACAGAAAGGGUAUGUGGCAUGUUUAUCAGAGAGGUGUUACAGGUUUCUGUGAGUCUUUUGCAAAACCGGAAAAAUCAUUCGUAAAAUCUGGCGACAUAUCUAUUGAAGACUUUGCUGCUUUCGAAGAAAGGAAAGUUCUUGGUUUGUCAGAGCGAAAGAAUAUCAUCAGUGAAAUGUCAAAAUUUGGUAACCGUUAUGCUGUUUUGUGUGAUGGAAGUAUCACUGGCGUCCUUCUUGGUCACAGUGCUCCACUUAAGGACGAGACGUUUUGGUGCAUUGAUGUACUAAUUGCCAAUGAUGUUGAAACUGCUGUCGGUCUGGUUGAGUUUGCCGUGAAGGAUGCCCAGAGUGAGUGCACAACAUUGCAUUUAUGCCUCCCUGAGCUACACGGUGAUGCUAGAAGAUUAAUUGAGAGAUUAAAGCUUCGAUAUCACUCGUCCGGACCCGUCCUUUUCAAUAAGGACUUAGAUAUAUGUCAUCUUGAUUUGGACUGUGUCUAUGCCAUUACACCACUUAUGUAAUCAAAUCCAAAUUUGAACAAAUACCGUAGCCUUGUGGACAUAUUAGUAACCUGUAUUAUUUGUGCUUCCACCAGCACCAUGAUUUGUAUUCACAUAAUCUGCAUUUAUUCAUUUUUCAAGAAAUUUGAAUGUAAUUUACAUGUCGAAUAAAGAUGUUUAUAUAUAUAUACAAGUA